AGUCGUUUGAAAAUGAAUGAUAUUCUACUCACUUGUAGACUUGAGUGGGAGAGGGAGGCUGUUUUGACUGUAGUGGCAGGCAGAAUUCCCCCAGCUUUCGACACGGGAGCUUUACUAUAAACCGGCACGUAACGCUGAAACGAGGAGACGAUGCACUUGACUGUGUGUGAGCCCACUGCCAUGUCUGCUGCCAUGGCGAUGGACCCUCCCAAAGAUGUGGGCCUGCUGCAGUCGUGUGGCACCGGCCACAGCCUCGCCUCCCUGGACGACGUCACCGUGGACUCGGUUGCCAAUGAGUCUUCAGAGGAGGAGUCGGCCAGCGAGAGGGAGGAGCCGACCGCGGACCUCAGCCAGGACGUUGCCGAACCUGCGGACAUCGUCAGGGAGCAGGCCCCACACACACAGUCAGCGAGCGCCCAGCGUCCCGACUCCCUGUCGCUGGCGGCGGCGGCGGGAGGAGGAGGGGCGGGGCCGGGCCUGUGGACGUGCCGGGGCGACGGGGAGGUGCGGCUGAGGAUGGGGGAGGCCGGCACGGCCGCCGAGCCCCCGGUGACCGUCCACCAGAUGUUCGAGGCGGCCGUGGAGCGCUUCGGGGAGCACACGGCGCUGGGCUGGAAGGACGGCGAGCAGAUGAAGACGCUGAGCUACAGGGAGUACUACCAGGCCUGCCGCGCCGCCGCCAAGAGCUUCCUGAAGCUGGGCCUGCAGCGUUACCACGGCGUCGGGAUCCUGGGCUUCAACUCCGCUGAGUGGUUCAUCGCCGACAUUGCCGCCAUCUUGGCCGGGGGCUUCGCGGUGGGCAUCUACACCACCAACUCGUCCGAGGCGUGCCAGUACGUGGCGGAGAACUGCAAGGCCAACGUCAUCGUGGUGGAGAACCACAAGCAGCUGCAGAAGAUCCUGCAGGUGCAAGACAAGCUGCCACACUUGAAAGCUAUUAUCCAAUAUAAAGAUGCACUCAAGGAGAAGAGACCAAAUCUAUACACGUGGGCGGAGUUCAUGGAGCUGGGCCGGGAGGUUCCGGAAGGCCAGCUGGAUGACGUCAUCGCUACCCAGAGGCCCACGCAGUGCUGCACGCUCAUCUACACGUCAGGGACCACCGGCCAGCCCAAAGGAGUGAUGCUCAGUCACGACAAUCUGACGUGGACGGCGUUGGCCACCGGGCGUCACGUGCGCCUGGCCGAGGCCACCCAGUCCCAGGAGGUGGUGGUGAGCUACCUGCCCCUCAGCCACAUCGCCGCCCAGAUGGUGGACAUCUGGGUCACCAUGAGGAUCGGAGGGGCCACGUACUUCGCCCAGCCCGACGCCCUGAAGGGCUCCCUGGUGAACACGCUGAAGGAGGUGCGGCCCACAGCCUUCAUGGGGGUGCCCCGCGUGUGGGAGAAGAUGCAGGAGAAGAUGAAGUCCAUCGGGGCCAAGUCGUCCACGGUGCGCCGCAGGGUGGCAGUGUGGGCCAAGGACGUGGGCCUGCAAACCAACCUGAGCAAGAUGAACCAGAACGGCGCGGUGGCUCGCCCGCCCCUCAACUACCUCCUGGCCAAGAAGCUGGUGUUCCGGAAGGUCCGCAAGGCUCUGGGCCUGGACCGCUGCCACAAGUGCUACACGGGUGCGGCGCCCAUCACCAAGGACACGCUGGAGUUCUUCCUGAGCCUGGACAUCCCUCUGUACGAGCUGUACGGCAUGAGCGAGAGCACGGGCCCUCACACCAUCUCCCUGCACGACGCCUUCCGCCUCACCAGCUGCGGGAAGGAGAUCUCGGGCUGCGAGUCCAGGAUCCACCGUCCCGACGCCGAGGGCAACGGGGAGAUCUGCUUCUGGGGGCGCCAUGUGUUCAUGGGCUACCUCAACAUGGCCGACAAGACGGCCGAGGCCCUGGACGACGAGGGCUGGCUGCACUCGGGAGACCUGGGCAAGCACGACCAGGACGGCUUCCUGUUCAUCACCGGGCGCAUCAAAGAGCUGAUCAUCACGGCCGGAGGAGAGAACAUUCCCCCCGUGCCCAUCGAGGACGCGGUGAAGGACGUGCUGCCGCUCGUCAGUAACGCCAUGCUCAUCGGAGACAAGAGGAAGUUCCUGGCCAUGCUGCUCACCGUCAAGUGCCAGGUGAACGCGGAGACGGGCGCCCCGGAGGACCAGCUGACGCCCGAGGCGGUGGAGCUGUGCCGGCGGCUGGGCAGCGACGCCACGCGCGUCUCCGACGUGGCGGGCGGCCGCGACCGCCUCGUCCACGCCGCCAUCCAGGAGGGCGUCACCCGCGUCAACGAGGCAGCCGCCUCCAACGCCCAGCGCGUCCAGAAGUGGAUCGUCCUGGAGCAGGACUUCUCCAUCCCCGGGGGAGAGCUGGGCCCCACCAUGAAGCUGAAGAGGCCGGUGGUGAUGAAGAUGUACAAGGAGCAGAUCGAGAACUUCUACAGAGACGUGGUGACCCCCAGCACCCCCGACAAUCCCCUUGCCCCCAAGUAGAGCAACACCACACAGCAGCAGACACAAGUCUCCCUCACUUACCCUCUCACACACACACACACACACUCUCUUUCUUUCCCAUGAAAAACAUCCAUACAGUCUGUGUGCUGCAGUGAAUCUCCUGUGUCAAAAGUUGUUGUAGCUUUGCUGCUCAGCGUCUUGGGUGGGCGUGGCGUACGGAAAGAAAGGAAGGAAUAUCCCAAAUAAGUUAUGUCAAAUAUUGUUAUGAUUUGAUAGGGGCGUUGAUAAGCUGACUAUUUAUUUGUAUUAUCGUCAUGAAGAGCGAUAAUCCAAUAGAUGAAGGACAGUUUGUAUCGUUCGAACCCGUCGAGGUCGAACUGGGAUUCGUGGCUUGGAAUCCAGAAAGUCUGCACGACGCGAGUUAUUUGGGGUCGUGUUUAAAAACAAACACCAUUUAUUUAUUGUUUUCAUUUAUGCCAAAAAAAAAGCUGUUAAUCGGGUCAAAUCUAGGUGUGGGGAAUAGGGUGUGAGCCAUUGUGUUUCAGGGCAUAGACGGCCAGAAGGGCUUGACUCGGGUCAGGGAUGAAUAACGGAACCGUAGCACUGGUCCUAUUUAAUGUUGUUUUGCUCUGCGUUAAUCUGGUUGCAUGGUCUUGAUGAAAAAGUGAGUCCAGUCUGUCAUUGUGUUGAAUCCUCUCUGUCCAGAUCUAGAGUCAGAUCUGCAAAGACGCCUGCUAGGGUGACCAAAGGUAGAUAAAGGUACUCUACUCUUCUGAGAGCAUCCAAAUCACUUUUUGUUGUCGUUGUUGCAAAGCUGUGAACGAUGUAUUUGAAGCCAUAUUUAAAUGCCACUGUUAUACAACUGUAACCAAUAAGACAUACAGUGUGUAUUCUGUGUGUGUGACUGUGCACCCUACCCAGUUGCCUAGUUCUGUUUGGAGUGUUUUAUAAAGAUUCAAUGCGUGGAAUUGCUGUGCUCCUUGUUAAAUACUGUAAAUAUGUUUCUGCCUACAUCCGCCACUAUUUCCCCGGGCUUUAUUAUGGAAGGUGUCACCGGAUGUUGCGUUUUGUUCAGACUCCAUUAGAUCGAUCGUCGUGAAUUUAUUAGUUUGCGACUGAAAAUAUAGCCCGACAUAAGCACGUUUGGUGUCUACAUUGCCAUCUUGAAGGAGAGGAUUUAUAUUUACCUGAAGGCCUUUUUCUUUGAGUCCAUCUGUUCUUGUCUACGAAGGCAAUGAUAUACUUGAAUUGGCUUGAAGAAAUAAAAACAAUCGUAUUUAAUUUAAAAACAGGCAGUUUGUUGUAGUACACAGGCUUAUUGUAUCUAUCGUCUUGUAAAUGCCACAUCCAGAAAGCUCCUGUGCAACUGUCUGACCAAAGUUGUUUUGGAGGAGUGUGUUGUAAAUAAACUAGCCAACGUACCGAGAUAUGUAACAAUGUGUGUAUGUACCUUGAAUGCUUUACAUGUAUCCAAAACUCAGCUGUUAAGGAAAUGACGGUGAAGUCAGUGUGUGUCCUGUGCAGCUUUACGAACGUGUUUAGCCGCUAAAAACAACAAGAUGUCAGGCUACCAUGCCGUCGAUGCAAUGAGUGUCUGUUUCCGGCAACGAGGAAGAUCGCAGCGACCCUGCAAGUCCCACCUUUCCCGAGGACUUUGAGCGGUGGACAAACCUGUAUCUCCUUUUUACGAUCUGAAAGAGCCAUCGUUCAUGGGUUCUGAUCGCGUCUGUUGACUGCUGAAGACACAAUACUGGUUAUACCUGAACCUAAACGCAGAGAUGGGAAAGCCUUUUGUCUUUGGUAUCUGGGUGGAAGAAAGCAAACAAAUGUGAUUGUCGCUGGAGAAAUGUUGAUGAGCGGGGUUAUUUUUAACUGGAGUUCUAAGUUUAACCGAAUGUUCUCAGUGUGUAUGUGACUGAAGAAAUUAAAGUUAUAUGCUCCAAUAAGAGAGGUCUGGUCCAUUCAUAAAAA